AUGUUUUUCAAUAACUGUAGUUUAUGCUGUUUAAUUUUAAUUGUUUUAUGUCUAGAAUUGAACUAAAAAAUUUUUUUCUCAACAACUAUUAGUAUUUCAGUUCUUUGUUUCUACGGACACGACGUGUUGUUGAGCUUAAAAAAAGUUAUUUCAAUCUCUUGUUAAUUUAUUUAUUAAUUUUAAUUCACGAUGGUUCUCGAUAUAGAAUUAUUUCGAGUCGAAAAGGGUAACGAUCCGGAAAAAAUUAGAGAAAGCCAAAGAAAGCGUUAUAAGGAUAUCACACUGGUCGAUAAAGUGAUCGAAUUGGAUUCCAAAUGGAGGAAAAUGAGAUUUCAAGUGGACCAGUUAAAAAAGUUACGAAAUGUUUGUAGUAAAUCAAUUGGAGAAAAAAUGAAAGCCAAAGAGGCUAUUGGAAAAUCGGAUGAGAUACCCAUGGAAAUUUUAAAUGAUCUGUCCAAUGUGGAUAAUGAAAAAGUUAAGGCAUUAACAAUAACUCAAUUGAAAAAACUAUCGACCAUUGCUGACGAGCAAAUAAAGAAAAGUGAUGAGGAUUGCACUGAACUCGAGAAAAAAAGGUUGGAUGCCCUGAAGGAAAUUGGUAACCUUGUUCAUGAGUCUGUGCCUGUCAGUGAUGAUGAGGAGAAAAAUGGUUUGGAAAAGACGUGGGGAGAUGUGGAAACAAGAAAGAAAUAUUCUCAUAUUGAUCUGAUACACAUGAUUGAUGGAUUUGAUGGUGAGAGGGGGGCUGUCACUGCUGGAGGCAGGGGAUAUUAUCUGAAAGGCCCAGCAGUGUUCUUGGAGCAAGCCAUCAUCCACCUGGCUCUGAGGAUGCUGGAUGACAAGGGAUACAAAGCUCUGUACACUCCAUUCUUCAUGAGGAAGGAGGUCAUGCAGGAAGUCGCUCAGCUGAGCCAAUUUGAUGAGGAAUUGUACAAGGUUGUUGGCAAGCGUAGUGAGAACAAGGAGGAUGCAGGUGAGGAAGAGAAGUACCUCAUUGCUACCUCUGAGCAACCAAUCGCAGCUUUCCACAGAGAUGAGUGGAUACCAAUACAAGACCUGCCCAUAAAGUAUGCAGGCCUGUCGUCGUGCUUCAGGCAGGAGGUGGGCUCACACAGCAGGGACACCAGGGGCAUCUUCAGGGUUCAUCAAUUUGAAAAGGUGGAGCAGUUUGUGCUGACCUCACCGCAUGAGAACAAAUCAUGGGAGAUGAUGGAGGAGAUGAUCAAAAAUGCCGAAGCUUUCAAUCAGGUACUUGGAAUUCCAUACAGGAUUGUUAACAUCGUUUCAGGUGAGCUGAACAAUGCAGCUUCAAAGAAGUGGGACUUGGAGGGAUGGUUUCCGGGUUCAGGAGCAUUCAGGGAGCUGGUUUCGUGCUCCAACUGUACUGACUACCAGGCCAGGAGAUUGCUCGUUAGGUAUGGAGUCACCAAGAAAAUGAACCAAGAGACAGAAUAUGUGCACAUGCUGAAUGCAACGAUGUGCGCCACGACGCGAACCAUCUGUGCGAUCCUUGAAAACCAUCAGGAAGAAGAUGGCAUCAGGGUCCCCGAGGUUCUUAAACUCUUCAUGCCGCAGGCUUACUGCGAGAAGAUUCCAUUUGUUAAGCCAGCACCCAUCGACCAGCAGGACAGCAAGUUAAAAAGCAAGAAGGCAGCUGCUGCUAGCAAAGCAACUGAGGGUCAUAAUGGAUUAAUCGAGAAGGCUGAAAAAAUUAAAAUUACUGCCUGAAUUAAUUAAUUAAUUAAUUAAUUGAGAUUAGGAAGUUUUGGAGUGUUAUGAUCGAUCAUAUUAUCGCUUCUAUGUUUACAGAUCUAGGGAUAUUUACUAAUUAUAGAUUUUCAUUUUUAUUAUUUAUUAUUAUUAUUCUGUAGUUCAUGACAUAUUCAUGAUUAUGAUUUGAGAUGAUGUCGAAAGUUUUUAGUGAAAAAUAAAUUUAAAAUAUUUUGUCAUGUAGAUAAUUUUAAACUAGAGAAAAUAAUGUCCAUCUCUCCCCUCUCUGUUUGUGCUUUUAUUUUUCGCUUCUUGCUACCCUUUAAACGAUUCACUCUUGUUGAAGACGUGUGUAAAUGGAGUUGUUAUGUUAUUUAUUCAUUUCUGACCUCUGGUUUUCGUUGUUUCAUUUCACUUUUUGGUUUUAUGAUUUUGUUGUUUAGGCGAAAUAUAACAUUAUUAUUAUUAUCGUUGUUGUUAUUAUUAUUACUAUACUUUUCUUGUAAUAAAUAUUUUAAUAUUAGUGAA